GUGGAAGAAUGCCCCUUCGUUCACCCCCACGGCCGCCUCAGCAAACGCGUGGAAAACACUUCGCAACAAUUUGCCAACUUUCAUCUCAAGAGGGAACACCAAAGCAGAAGAAGCGAAAAAACUGCCCCUAGUGUACCGCUUAACAGAGUAAAUUACGUGAAAGCCCCUUCCUGACCGAGCAGCUCACAACGGGAGAAGCGUGACCUUUGUUUUGCUCCUCCUCGCAGUGUAACCCAAGCGAAGUGGAAGCUGCUCCCCCGCCUUUUCCCGAGGAGUCCAAACUUGAGUAUAGCACCAGUGAGGGUGACGCACACACCACACCCCUACCAAUACCUCCCCAACAAAAUGAAAUGCCAAGUGGAUCGCCCCGUUACACCAAACGAAGAGCUAAAUGGGGGCCAACAAAAUGUAGCCAAAAAUUACAUCCCCCAUUUGUAUCAAUUCCAAAAUAAUGAAAUGAAAAAAAUCGAUGCGUCUUACUUUGAUAAUAAAUAUCUGGGGCUAUUUUUUGGAGCAUCCUGGUGCAGGUAUUGCGUAACUUUCAUCCAAAAAAUAAAUUUUUUUAAAAAGAAUUUCCCCUUUAUAGAAAUUAUAUACAUCCCUUUUGACAAGACAUAUAAUGAUUAUAUAGCUUUCCUAAAAGGGACCGACUUUUACAGCCUUCCUUUUGAUAACUAUCUCUACGUUUGCAAAAAAUUUAAUGUUCAAAAUUUGCCAUCCUUUAUGAUCAUAGCCCCCAACAACAAUGUGCUCGUCAAGGAUGCCGUGCAGCUCAUCAAGACGGAUGCCUACGUGGCGAACUUCAAGUCGUUGGUGAAAAAUUACACAAUUCACCCGAACCAGUUUAAGUUUGGCAACCGAUUUUUCGACUUAUUUUGCGCAUAGUUGGGUGGAAGCUGCUGGAACGAGGUGGGGGAGGAGAUGACGGGAGGGCAUAUCCCCCACCAGGGCACAACUUGUGCGCGACUGUAAAGUUGGCCUAUUUUUUGCCCCAUUUUCUGCCCCAUCUUUUGCCAUUUUUUUUGCCUUUUUUUUUGAAAAAUUUGUGUUUAAAAUUUUGGACGCCGGCCCUCACACAUAGUUGUGGAAAACGCGGCUGCGCAUGGAGCGCCCCAUAGUGGGGGAAACGAAUGCAAGGGAGGUUGUCCCCCCUGGGGUGA